AUGUCUACGGAUAAUGGCUUGGACGAGGGGGCCAGUACUUUGACCAGACUGAGUAACGUGCGAUUAAAUCACGACGAUGGGGACGAGGGUCAAAGCAGGCCACCGGACGGUGGAGAAACCUCCACCGAACCCCCCCGUAACAUGCGAGCUCUGAGAAGUGUCUCCUUCUCUCGAGCACGUAGAGCACUUAACUUUGUCUGCGAUCAGGAUCAACCGUCAUCUUCUGGGAGAAGCGGAGAACCAUCUACGUCUGGAACCGAUAGGCCACCAAGCAAUUUGCCGAAUGUCCUGCACUUGGAAUCUAGGCCACAAAAUAACUUCGUAGAAAAUGGCCCGGUUCAUCGGCCAUCCAUGGCCACCUAUAACUGGCAGGGAAGCAAAGCAACGUUAAAGGACAGAUUCGCGUUUCUUUACAACAAUGAGAUACUCUCGGAUGUUAGUUUCCUGGUUGGCAGAGGAGCGCAACUACAACGUAUACCUGCUCACAAGCUGGUCUUAUCAUCCGGGAGCGCAGUCUUCGAUGCAAUGUUCAAUGGAACACUGGCCACUGCGUCGUCUGAGAUCGAAGUACCCGAUGUUGAACCAGCUGCCUUCCUUGCCGUGUUGGUCUUCCUAUACACCGAUGAGAUACAGAUCGAUCCUGAAACCGUAAUGACGACUCUGUACACUGCGAAGAAAUAUGCAGUGUCUCCUUUAGAGAAGCAUUGCGUCGACUUCUUGAGAAACAACUUAACCAGUGACAACGCCUUUCUAUUGUUAACUCAAGCUCGCCUCUUCGACGAGCCUCAACUUGCUGCCGUUUGUUUGGAUAUGAUCGAUAAAUUUACUAUCGAUGCUCUCAAUGCUGAUGGCUUCACUGAUAUCGACAUCGAUACGCUCAUGUUUGUCUUGGAACGAGAUACACUUCGGGUUCGUGAACUGAAGAUAUUCAAUGCUAUUGUACGAUGGUCGGAAGCAGAAUGUGCACGCCAGCAGUUACCAGUCACUCCGGAGAAUCAGCGUUCGGUCUUGGGAAGAGCCCUUUCUCUUGUACGAUUCCCAUUAAUGUCGACUGAAGAGUUUGCAAUUGGCCCUGCCCAAUGUGGAUUGCUCACCGACCGUGAGGUUGUCUCAGUGUUCUUAUACUUCACAUUAAAUCCAAAGCCUUCGGUGGGAUUUAAAGCAAUGCCUCGUUGUCGCAUGAUGGGUAAAGAGCAAACGGUGUGCAGAUUUCAAGAUACAAGUAGUAGAUGGGGAUACAGCGGAACAAGUGACCGUAUUAGGUUCAGCGUAGACCGACGCAUAUUUCUUAUCGGGUAUGGCGUCUUCGGCAGCGUACACAAACCAGCACAAUACGAAGUACUAAUUGAAUUGAUGCACACCGCAUCUUGCAAAGUGAUAGCAAGCAAUGCAACAGGUUUCAGUUGCGACAGCUCUAAUUACACAUAUCGGCUCAUGUUCAAGGAACCUGUACAGAUAUUACCAAAUACUGUCUAUACGGCUUCGGCGACAUUUAAGGGACCCGAUUCCCACUACGGAAUAAAAGGCUUGCGCAAAGUGAUGGUCAAUUGUGAUUCCGGGGAGGUGAAUAUUUCUUUCAACUACGAAGCAGGGGACAACAACGGCACAACCAUCGAGGAGGGGCAGAUCCCCGAGUUGAUCUUCUACACUUAACAGAUGUCGGAAUCGAGUUAGUCACAUUCCUCUCUGUCUCUUGAAAACGAUAAGUGUGAUAACGACAAAGAUAACGUGUAAAUAGCUAGAACCGGUCAGCUGCUCUGGACCGUUCGUACCUGCUAGUAAUCAAGUGUCCAAGUACACCUUGUCCCAUUUAGUCAGCACUUGGCUAGGAUCUUUUUCGAGCUGGGAUUUUAUGCAGAAAGGAGAAACGGAUAUCCUAAAGUUUUAAACUAUUUUACCAUGAAACCAUUGCUGCGAAAUAUUCCUCAAUCUAUGGCGAAGGACUGUUAAAUGAUGACUUGAAAUUUAGGCCUCGCUAACCUAUGAAAGUUCCCUCCUUCUGGAGUGAAAGAACGUUAAGUGUGAUUAGAAGACCUCGAGAGAAGUUAAAAUUUCUGUUUCUUUUUCCCAUUAGCAGUUCAAUGUCCACGUAUACCUUGUUCCAGUUAGCGUAAAUAGCUAGUUGGGAGUUAUUCCAAGCCGAGGCUCUUUUAGCUUUAAACUACUUUGCCGUACGAUUAUUGCCACAUGAUAAUUAUCGACCUGCAACGAUUCUUAAACAGUCGAUUAAGGUAUAGUCAAAGAGUUGCUAUUUAAAAUCAUGGCACGUAAACGAAAGACUAAUUAUUCUUGUAUCGAAAGUACUUUGUGUACCGAUUGGAUUGUGAAAGCGCACGUCUUUGCUCGAGGAAUCGACGUCAGUUAUCGAUAUUAUGAAAAUCCUCCGACAUCUCCCCAAGGGAAUACAGCAAACAGCAUUGUUGUAACAGAACUCCGAUGUUGAGACUACCACAGCCUCUCCGAAUAAAGGAACAUAACGAACCUAAA